UGGGACGUUUUUCUGGUUACUCAAAACAGCUUCCUGGAGGUUGACGUGGAUGUUGAUGAUGGCAGAGACUAAAGCAGAGCUGUCAAUUGAUGCCUCUAUCCUUCACACCUCUAGCAGCAGCGGGAAUGCGUCCUCACAGCCCAACAACCCUCUAUCCAGAAAACUCAACAAGAUCCUGGAGACCAGGCUGGAUAAUGACAAGGAGAUGCUGGAAGCGUUGACAUCUCUCUCUGUGUUUUUCACUGAGAACAGUCUGAGAACCAGGAGGAACCUUCGAGGAGACAUCGAGAGACGCAGCCUGUCCAUCAAUGAAGAGUUUGUACGGAUAUUUAAGAAAGUGAAGGAGGAACUUGAGAGCGUUCAUGAAGAUGUUCAGGCCAUGAGCUCCUGCUGUGAAGAAAUGACCAACAGGUUGAAGGCAGCCAAAGAACAAACCCAGGACUUGAUUGUGAAAACCAACAAACUUCAGGGAGAGAAUCAUCAGUUGGAGGUUCGAGCUCAGGUGGCCCAGGCAUUCCUGUCAAAGUUCCAGUUGUCCACCACUGAGAUGGCAACAUUACGCUCCGCACGAGAUGGUCCCAUCACUGAGGACUUCUUCAGAGCGCUGAACCGUGUGAAGAACAUCCAUGAAGAUGUGAAGGUCCUAUUGAGGACUAACCAGCAAACAGCAGGGCUGGAGAUCAUGGAGCAGAUGGCUGUGUUACAGGAGACCGCAUACGAGCAGCUCUAUCGCUGGGCUCAGAAUGAGUGCAGAGGGUUGACUCAGGAAACAUGUGAUAUUCCUCCCGUGUUGAGUCAAGCUAUGGAGUCUCUCCAGGAUCGGCCUGUUCUUUAUAAGUACACACUGGAUGAGUUUGGAACGGCUCGGCGGUCUGCCGUGGUCCGAGGCUUUAUCGACGCCCUGACCCGUGGUGGACCGGGAGGCACCCCGAGACCCAUAGAGAUGCACUCUCAUGAUCCGAUGAGGUAUGUUGGGGACAUGUUGGCCUGGCUCCAUCAAGCCACAGCCUCAGAGAAGGAGCACCUGGAAGCCUUGCUCAAGCAAGUUACUGUGCAAGGGGUUGAAGAAAACAUGCAGGAAGUAGUUGGCCACAUCACUGAAGGAGUGUGCAGACCACUCAAGGUGCGAAUUGAGCAGGUGAUCAUUGCAGAGCCAGGUGCUGUUCUUCUGUAUAAACUCUCCAACCUUCUCAAGUUCUACCAUCACACCAUCAGUGGCAUCAUGGGUACCAGCGUUUCCUCUCUGUUGAUGACCAUUGAUGAGAUGCACAUGCUCAGUAAGAAGAUGUUCUUCAACAGUCUUAGUCUCCAUGCCAGUCGCCUUAUGGAUAAAGUAGAGCUUCCACCUCCUGAUCUGGGUCCCACUGCCUCCCUCACUCAGACUCUGUCUCUCCUUAGAGAGGUUUUGGCCUCCCAUGAUUCAUCAGUUCUGCCUCUUGAUGCCCGUCAGGCUGACUUUGCACAGGUAUUGUCCUGCAUCCUUGACCCGUUGCUGCAGCUGUGCACGGUAUCAGCCAGUAACCUGGGUACAGCAGAUAUGGCCACCUACAUGGUGAACUCCCUAUACAUGAUGAAGACCACACUGGCGCUCUUUGAGUUCACAGACAAACGCUUAGAAAUGUUGGAGUUUCAGAUUGAGGCUCACUUGGACACUCUAAUCAAUGAGCAGGCAUCUUUCGUGCUGACUAGAGCUGGGCUUAGUCACAUCUACAGCUGUGUCCAGCAGCACACCACAGAGCAGGGUCCCUUGGCCAACCUCCCUGGAAUGGACUGCACAUCCUUAAAAACAGCCAUGGUCCAGUUUGACCGUUAUUUGGCCUCUCCUGAUACACUUGUGAUGCCACAACUCAACUUCCUGCUCAGUGCUGCUAUCAAGGAUCAGAUCUUCAAACAGUCCACAGAGCUGGUGUGUCAUGCGUAUGGAGAGGUGUACAAAGGUGUCACCAACCCUACAAACGGCUAUAAAGAAGCAGAUUUAGUCCUGCACAGAUCCCCACAGCAGGUACAAACCCUGCUGUCCUGAAAUGUGCCUCACACACCCUGUGACAAGCAAGGAUGUGACAUCCAACACACUCAGUGUUCUGGGACUGACACUGGAUUCUGGCCGCAAGACCAUGUUCAAAUACUUGUCUGGUAAUGGGGAGGGGUUUAUCACUGUUAAUUGUUAAUUAUGUGAAACAAAGACACUCAGUGACAGUGAGUAUAGAGAAACAUAUCUGUCUAGAUUUCUCAAUUGUUGCUAUGUGGACACUGUUGUUUACCAGAGGAGAGGAGAGGACAGCUCACACUGAGAAAAAAACCCAUUUAUUUUUCCUCCCCAUGUGAAGGGAGAUCUCCACUAGCAGGCCCAGGGAAGCAAACUAUAGACAAUUUCAUUGCCACACAUAAUAUUCACAUACACUCAAAUAUACAUACAGUCAUUACAUUACAUACACAGGGGCUUUUUCUUUCAUGGCCACAGAGGCCUGAUGUGACUCAACGCCAGUCUGUAAGCAGAAACAGUUCUGUCUUUCUUCUCUUUAAAUCACAAACUGCAUUCAAAUACACUUAAAAGUUCACAGGCUUGUGUGUCUUUCAGUUUUUUCCCACUCAGCCUCUUUUGAAAGAGAUAGUUAAAUGAAAUUUUGUGGCCACCCAGUGGAGAAGUCAACCAAUGGGGAGAAAGUCGAAGGCAUUCUCUCAGACAAUGGUGCUUUCAUGUCAGCGGCCCAAUGGGCAGUCACGUCAUCAUUUAAUUGCCGACAAAACGCCUGCCAGUGCUCAUUCGUCAACUAAAUUUAGCAAAACACUGAAAAACAGUAGAGAAAAAAGGCAGUAUUACUCUUGGACUAUUAAUAGAAGUUUGUACCAGUUCUCAAAUGGAAGCAGACAGAAUAGUAAUGCCUAGCAGAAGUGCAGGGUGACAGAUAAAAACCAUUAGGAUGCGAGGAGACUACAGUGAACUCAGUGUGUGAGAGGUGCUGGGGGCUACAUGGCCUCUCAUCUGGUGGAAUAUUUUGAGUGUGUCACAUGGCCGCAUUAAAGGGACUCUCCCUGCGGUGCCCGUAGCCAAGACGCCCCUCACAUGCCUCGCAUUCAGCUCGAGGCUUUCAGCUAGCGAAAAGCAAAGUCAAGUGAAGUACAAGUGUGACUCUGUGGUGUGGUGUACUGUGAAAUGGGUUAUGAAUAUAGAUGACUAUUUUUAACCCAGAUCACAUCUGUGGGAGGCACGGAAACCCAUUUUGGAUAUCACACAGCAUCUAAACUGGCAACACACCAUCUGAACUGGAAACAUUUUGUGUGUAGACAGCGCAGGGUCAAUCUAGGUAGGUUUCAAAAGCAUUUGAUUUUUCAAACCCUCAAGUGCAGUUGAGUAAUAGGUACAUUAAACCCUGAAAGGACUGACUUGUGAA